AUGAUGAAGCUAUCCUAUCAUGGAGUUCCUAUGGUGUCCUGGCCUUGUGACUUCGAGUUUACCAGUAAAUGUAUUGGACAGCAAACACACGAACCUAGAGUUGAUUGGCAAGUGGAAAAUUUGGAGAUUUGUCCAAAGGCUCUGUUCAUGGGCGUGAGUCAUAUUGUCAAUUGUGAAGUUGGUGCCUAA